AUCAGCGCCUCAAGACCAGACAGCAGCAUUUUACAGCUCAUUUCAGCACUUUUACUACAGGUCCGCUGAACUGACUGACCAUGAGGCUUCUACACAUUCUGGGGUUCACCCUCUUGCUCUGCGGCCUGUGUGUGAGGGCAGAGGAUGAAAAGACUGAGGACAACGUUGAAGAAAAAGGAAACAACGGGGAAGAAAAAGUUGAGGAAGGCACUGAAAAUGAUGCAGAACCAGAGAAACAAGAAAAGACAGAUAAAAUUACAGAAGAAAACGACGUUUUGGUGCUUCAUAGUGUCAACUUCGACAGAGCGCUCAGUGAGAACAAGUUCCUGCUUGUGGAAUUUUAUGCUCCAUGGUGUGGUCACUGCCGCAGUCUGGAGCCCAUUUAUGCUGAAGUGGCUGGACUGCUGAAAAAUGGUUCAUCUGAUGUACGGCUGGCUAAAGUGGAUGCCUCAGAAGAGAAAGAACUUGCCAACGAGUUUGCUGUGGGUGGUUUUCCCACACUUAAAUUCUUCAAAGAUGGCAACAGGCAAAAUGUCACCGAUUUUUCUGGAAAGCGAACUGUAAAAGGAAUCACGAUGUGGCUGGAGAGGCACACAGGCCCCAGUGCUGCUGUUCUCAAUGAUGUGAAGAGUGCAGAGGCUCUGCUGGAUGCAAAUGAGGUGGUUGUGGUUGGAUUCUUCCAGGAUUUGGAAGGAGAUAAGGCAAAGACAUUCUAUGAUGUAACUUUAAUAGCAGUGGACUUUAUCUUUGGCAUCACAAGCAACCCAGACAUCUUCAAUAAGUAUAAUGUAAAGAGUGACUCAAUGGUGCUCUUCAAGAAGUUUGAUGAAAAGCGGGCAGACAUGCCACUCUCCGAGGAAAAGCUAGACAAAGGGGAUCUGAUUUCAUUCAUCCAUUCUAAAAGUAUGAAACUUGUCAUUCCAUUUAAUGAAGAGAACGCUGAUCACAUUUUUAGCUCUAAGGUCCGUAAUCAUAUGCUACUAUUCAUUAAUACAACUGUGGAAUCCCAGAAUGCACUGCUCGAAGAUUUUAGAGAUGUUGCCAGUGAGUUUAAGGAAAAAGUGCUUUUCAUCACGUUAGAUGUUACAUCUGACAAAGCGGAUCAUGUGCUGAAGUAUUUCAGUAUCUCUGAAAAUGAUGUUCCUAUUAUUCGCCUGAUCAACACUGAGAAAGUGGUGACAUACGCAAUGGAAGGAUCAACCAUCAACAAAGACACGCUGAGAACAUUUUGCCAGGGUGUUCUGGAUGGUACUGUGAAGCCCUUUUUGAAGACUCAAGAAAUUCCUGAGGACUGGGACAAGAAUCCGGUUAAAGUUCUUGUAGGGAAGAACUUUAAUGAAGUGGCUUUCGAUGAGACUAAGAACGUCUUUGUGGAAUUUUAUGCUCCAUGGUGUGGUCACUGUCAGCAGCUGGUUCCUGUGUGGGAUGCAUUGGGAGAGAAGUACAAAGACCAUGAGGACUUAAUAAUUGCAAAAAUGGAUGCCACAGAAAACGAUGUGGAAGAUGUCAUUAUACAGGGAUUUCCCACCAUUAAAUAUUUUCCUGCUGGGACUGAAAAGAAGAUUGUUGACUAUGAUGGAAAUAGAGAUUUGGAAACAUUCUCAAAGUUCCUGGAUAAUGGAGGAGUGUUACCAGAAGAAGAGAGCAAAAAUGAGGACAAUGAUGAUGAUGAGGAUGAUGAUGAGGAUGAAGAUGAGGUGUCGGAUGAAUCGAUAGAAGAGUCACCAAAAUCUAACAAUGAAACAAGCAAAGAUGAGCUGUAAAGACAACGCAUAAAUCAAAUCCUUUGUACUG